AUGAACGCGGGCGAAGGCUAUCGCGGUGGAAUUCCGUUCCAGCCGCUGCAACUGACGUACGAGGAGCAGGAGCGAUGUCAAGAGCUGACGCUGCGGCUGCUGGACCGAACGCUGCGCAGCUACGACGAGCGGGAUGCCACCCCCCACGGGACGCCGCGCCACCAUUCCAACCUCGAUAGUACGCGCUGGAAGCGCCACAAGACACAGGAGAACGCGUCGCUAAUCCUGCUGCUACUCGCUGUGGGGAACAUCCAGGCCAGCUUGGAUGACGUCAUGUUCGGAUUGACGGUGCAGACGUUCGGGGACAUGCGCGUUCGAGCUGCGUCCAUUGCGUCGCAUGACGUGAGCGGUGCCACGUUAGCGAAACUGUCGGGCCCCAUGGAAGAGGACCCUUUUCAGAGUCUCAGCGUGAUGUGGAUGGUGGGCGAGCAGGGCUGGCCGCUGAGUAUGCUCGUGCGGCCCAGAGACUUUGUGAUAUUGUCGGCGUCGGGGAUUAUCACGCGUGCCAAUGGAGACCGGAUUGGGUAUGAUUUAAUACAGCCAGCUCAGUUGCCGCAGUUACCUGAGCUUCGGAAGCCCAUGACUCGAGGCAAGUUGAUGUACGGCGCGCUAUACCGAGAGCUGCAGGACGGAACUGUUGAUGUGUAUAUCCAGAUGUACGUGGAGACUAUGGGGCAUAUUCUGGAUACGAUCGUGAUGAACGCCAUGUGGAUUGGAGUGCUGGGCUUUUGA